UCCUCCAGGCACCUCCCCGCUUCCGCCCCGCCUCCCGAGCAACGCGGCGGCCCCGCCCCGUCAUGGCGCCGGAGGAGAGCGUGGAAGCCUCACCCCUGCUGCAGAGUUUCGAGCGCCGCUUCCUGGCGGCGCGCGCGCUGCGCUCAUUCCCCUGGCAGAGCCUAGAAGAGAAAUUAAGGGACUCCAGUUGUGAGCUGCUGCUGGAUAUUUUGCAGAAGACCGUAAAACAUCCUCUGUGCGUGAAGCAUCCGCCGUCUGUGAAGUAUGUCCGGUGCUUUCUCUCGGAGCUCAUCAGAAAGCACGAAGCUGCUCAUGAAGAGCCUUUGGACGAGCUGUACGAGGCGUUGGCAGAGAUCCUGACAGCCGAGGAGCCCCCUCAGUGCCACAGGAGCUAUCUGCUGCCUUCCGGGGACUCGGUCACACUCUCUGAGAGCCUAGCCAUCAUUUCCCAUGGCACCACCGGACUGGUCACAUGGAAUGCCGCACUCUACCUUGCAGAAUGGGCCAUAGAGAACCCAGCAGCUUUCACUCACAGGACUGUCUUAGAGCUUGGCAGUGGAGCCGGCCUCACAGGCCUGGCCAUUUGCAAGAUGUGCCAUCCUAGAGCGUAUGUCUUCAGCGACUGUCACAGCCUUGUCCUGGAGCAGCUCCGAGGGAACAUCCUUCUCAACGGCCUCCUGUUAGAGUCAGAUGCCACUGCCCCUGCGCAGCACCCAGGACACAACACCCACAACGCAGAGAGCCCCAGUGUGACGGUGGCACAGCUGGACUGGGACAUCGUGACGGCCCCUCAGCUCGCUGCCUUCCAGCCAGACGUCAUCAUCGCAGCAGAUGUGCUGUACUGCCCAGAAACUGUCCUCUCACUCGUCAGGGUCCUGCAGACACUCUCUGCUUGCCAGAAGGACCAGCAGGCUCCUGACGUCUACAUUGCCUUCACCAUCCGCAACCCGGAGACAUGCAGGCUGUUCACCACUGAGUUAGGGGACUCAACAGAAAACCAGCUGUCGCUGUGAAAAUAAAGCCAAAUAAACAAGCUCACAUCACUAAGUUCUGGCUGGAAAUGCCUGCCCACAUAGGCGCUCUGCCUGGGCUGUCACUGGCUGCCGGAAGAUGAGUCUUGGAGACGCAUCAGUACCAACUCUGCCCUCCCCCGAGUAAUGAAGAAGGGAAGAGAAGGGGAGGGCAUUCUCGAAGGGAAAGUCAAUACUGCCUAACCUUCAUCUCUUCACUGCCCUCCAGCUCUUGGGGAACAAUGAGCCCCAACCCAAGCCAGCUCAGCCCUCUCACCUAGACUGAAGAGCAGGACUGAAUUGAGGGCGUGGAGGCUAAGAGGACAUAAACCUCUUACAAUCCCUGGCAAACAGCACCUGAGCCCACGAAACAGGAAGGAGUUGGCACACCAGGAAACAGCCUUCCUUCCUGGAGUACAGUCAACAGCUCCUCUGACAGGUUCCUGGCAAGCAGCAUCUCUGUCCCAGGUGGCCCCUGGAGAAGGCCCACGGCGAGGCCCAACCCAGCCUGAGGCCGAUGUGUGUAAAGGCCCUUGAGCUGAGAAUGUCUUUUAAUUUUUAAAGGGUUGCAAAUACAAAUGUGCAACAGAGGCCAGUAAAAUAUUUACAAUCUUGUCA